AAAUGUGAUAAAUAUUCUUUAUCCAGGCACCUAGGAAAAAACAUUGAUAAAAUGCUUGAUAAAAUUCUGUAAUGUCUAACAGGAACAUCCUCACUGCCUUCUAUAACUCUUGUAGUAAGAGAUUUAAGUGCUUUAAAAAAAACCUCUGUUUGUCUUUUGAUUGCAAAUUCUCUGAGCUUUGAAAGAAAGACGACGUUUGCAGUAUAUCAAAAGAGUUUUUAUGAAGUCGAAUACAUCAAAGUCGCCUCGUGCACCUUCAAGUCCCAAAUAUGCUGACAAGAAUGAUGUUAGUGUUUUUCAUGUUGAAGAAACCAAGUUCAAGAAAUUGGAUACUAUUAAAAAAGAUUUCCCUUUCUCUGGAACUGAUAAUGGUAUCUAUAGUCUUUGCGUUACGACACCUUUUAAUUUAGAUCGAUUGUCAUUUCAUCUAAAGCUAUACAACAAAUAUGCUGCUUUAAAAAAUGAAGAAGAUGACGACGACAAUAUUAAUACUUCUAUGUCGACAUUACCUUCACCUAGUAUCUUAGAAUCAAGUCAAGUAGACUCUUUCUGUGGUUACACUGAAGCAAGAAGAAAGCUGGAGAAAGACCAAUGACAUACAUAAAAAAAUAAGGGAGUAACAGCUACUGAAAACAUUCUCUCUGAAAAUAGCUUGCAAUGUCCUGCAAAUGCUGCAGAGUUCAAAUAAAGAUACGAAGUUGAUUUAAACCAUAGAAAAGAAUUUCGCGAUUGUUAUGCUUCUAGUAAAAGAGCCAAUGCUAUCGGAAGGAAUGAACUGCAGAAUGCCCAUGUCCACCUAAAGAUAUGUAAUCAAGAAAAGAAGCUUGUACAAAAAGAAGAUCCUAAGUCAAAGGCUUGUUUGUUUGUUGCAGAUCGAAGUCUUGGUAUUGGCUCAAGGAUAAAAGGACAUAGAAGAUAUG